AAAAAUACGCUCUACGAAAAGCACGUUUAUGUUUAUUUUUGUUCUAUAUGAGAGUGCAUUUUAAGAAUCCUGGAUAUGUUCGGAAUCCCCUCAAAGAACGAUCAUUCGUACGGGCCCAACACCAUUUACAUUCACGAGAAGAAAGUCCCUUAUCCCUACUACAUGGUGCAACCGCAUUGCGAAAUGAACACUGAUUAUCGUGGUCACAUUUCCCCCUACAUCAUUCUACCUUUAACGGUUUUAGGUUCCGUUCUUCUGUUUUCGAUUUUCACCGUUGGUCUCCUGCUGAUUAUAGAAAGAGCUCGGCUGACGCCCGUAAUACGAGCGAGACUUCAGAGCCUGCACAGCGAUUCGCGUUUCAGCUCGUUCGAACAACUGGUGACAAAGGCAGUUGAAGUGUACAAUAAACUCAAUGAUUAUUAAAUAUUUUAUUAGUUUAGCGAAAUAUCUACAUGUAUCUAGUUCUCAUUUUUACAUGAGCAAGUCCUAAACUCGAAAACAUCUAUUAUAUUCUGAAACCCCGCAAAUUACAUAUAUACAUAUAUGCAAACGUUUAUAUUAAUCUGAUAUCCAGAAUAUAAACUGUAUUAUAUAACGUGUCGUUCAUCGUCCAUGCGCCAGCACGGUAUCAGUAACACUCUUAAAAUGUCCGUAUUAUUUUGAAGCGUAAUAUAAUAUAUGUCUUUAUAAAUCUUAAUCCUAUA